UGCCCGAAACCUUACUGAGAAAUUACGGGCAGUGAGCGAGAGUGAGAGUCAGUCACCCAAACUCACCAGUACGCUCUCUUCCUUUUUGGAGAUAAUAGUUUUUUUCCCCUUAUAUCUAGCGGUAUCUCUGUCUCUUCGAUCACGAUCCAACGGUCCAAAAUGAACGGAGCUCUUGAAGCUUGUUUUUCAAGGUUUUAGCCCCUGAAACUCACAGAUCUGCUCCAUUUUUGCUCAGAUCUUCACUUCUGGUUUUGUGUUUUUUCUUUUUUAUAAUUUUGUUUCCUUUUUGGCAAACGGAAAUGGAGACCAGCUACGGCCCAGUGACAGUUACGUUAGGUAACGGUGCGCUAACGUGCGCUGGUGAAGCUGCAGCAGUAGCAGCAGCUCGUUUGCUUCUUUCUGCUUUGGUCAAUGCUAUGGAUCCCAUUGGAUUGUUGCCUGCUAACAAACCUAGAAUGAAUGGAGAUGACACAAUCGGCCAGGUGAAGCCAAUUGAUGCAGAUGAUGACGAUGAGGAUGAUGGGGAUGAUGAUGAUGAUGAAGACGGAGAUGGGGGAUCCGGAGAAGGUGAAGAAGAAUUGUCUUCUGAUGAUGGAGUCGGCCACAACCCUAACAACAAUAAAAGCAACCCAAAGAAGGGUCCAGAUGGGGGAGCAGGUGCUGGGGCUGAAGAGAACGGAGAAGAGGAAGAUGAUGAUGGCGGGGAAGAAGAUGGUGAAGAGCAAGAUGAUGACGACGACGACGAUGAUGACGACGACGAAGAUGACGAUGAUGAUGACGGUGGGGGAGACGAGGAGGAUGAGGUUGAGGAGGUAGAGAAUGAAGAUGAAGAUGAGGAGGAUGAAGACGAGGAAGCCCUACAGCCUCCUAAAAAGAGGAAGAAGUGAAUUAGAGGCUCGUCGGAUUAUACCAUUCCGGGACUUGUUAUCUAACUUUAUGGAGGAUGUACUGUAGGAUGAUGUUAUUAUGCAUAAUUUGUCUUCUGUUCUGUUGCAUGAUUUAGAAUACUUUAGAACUGUGAGCUGCGGCAAUGAUUAAUUCGAGAAAAUGUCAAACAUUUACUUACUUUGUAGAAUAAUCAUCAAUCUCUUUUCCAAUUAA